CUGAGAACAAAGUGGGAACUUCGCUGGGGAAAACGUUUCUCGGAGAAGAAAUUCAAGUUAACUUGAAGGCAUAAGCUCAUCAAUUCUAUCACAGAGUGGGUCCACAGGGGGUGCGUGUGUGGGGAUAUCUCACAGAAGGACAGGGACCCCUCUCUGCGGUUCUUUGGAGGAGAGGGCCUGGAGGUAUCUUGGAGGUGGGGAAGCUCUUGGAAGGCGAGGAUUUCUUCUGGACUUCAGGGAGAAAUGAUGAAACCAAAGGGAAAAAUUCAAAGCAGGUUAAUGAAUUCAUUCCGGUAUUCCUGAAUUCAAAGCAGAGUCUCAUCCUCCCGCCUCUGUUUGCCGAACCAGCACUAAGCAGGAUUCCCCAAGCUGCUUCAUCACUCCCUGCUAUUCUGGGUCCAGGACGUUCUCCGGCCUCACGCCGGACUCCGGGUUCCCCUCUCUGGCUGAGCUGUUCUUUGCCAGCCACUCGGAGAGAUAGACUCCUCGCGCGGCAGGCAGCACCCCUCGCUCUCACACUCGUCCCGGACUGCGACGUGGAGAAGGGGUAGGGGACCCACUAACUCGCGGAAAACUUCCUCUCGGUCAGUGACUGAGGUUUUCCGGCUUCCCCCAGCCCUCCCGCGCUGGGCCACACGGCGGUCGUUAAAGCGGUGCGGCGACUAGUGCAGGUUCUGAGCUGCAGAGACCCGGGGCGCCCCACUGCAAAGCUUCCCCGGCAAGGACCGGCGCCCUCUGCCACCGAAUGCGCCCAGGACGCGGCCGCCGCCGGCCCGGGGCUGCUGGCGGGGCACCGUCAAUGCAGGCUGACUUUGCGCCACGAUGCUUUGUUUUCCUGCCGCAGGAACCCGAGGCGGUCUCUAUCCACCAGACUUAACCCGCCCGCAGCAAUAGCCAUGGAACUUGCGGCUGCACGGAGGGAGAGAGAACCGCUUGGCGCGGCAUCUUUUUUGGAUGUUUUUUCUCAACACAGUCCACUUCUUUCCUCGUUCUUGGGUGGCCGUUCCGGCAGCAGCGCCCCCCGUGGGCCAGCCCAAAGGUGCCACUAACGGGCCUUACGCCACCCCACGCCUCUCCAUCUCCUCCCGAGCCACGGUGGUAGCCAGGAUGGAAGGCGCCUCCCAGGGGGGCCUGCAGACCGUCAUGAAGUGGAAAACCGUCGUCGCGAUCUUCGUGGUUGUGGUGGUCUACCUUGUCACUGGCGGUCUGGUCUUCCGGGCCUUGGAGCAGCCCUUCGAGAGCAGCCAGAAGAACACCAUUGCCUUGGAGAAGGCGGAAUUCCUGCGGGAUCAUAUCUGCGUGAGCCCCCAGGAGCUGGAGACGCUGAUCCAGCAUGCCCUUGACGCUGACAACGCAGGAGUAAGUCCAAUAGGAAACUCUUCCAACAACAGCAGUCACUGGGACCUUGGAAGUGCCUUUUUCUUUGCUGGGACUGUCAUCACCACCAUAGGGUAUGGGAAUAUUGCUCCAAGCACUGAAGGAGGCAAAAUCUUUUGUAUUUUAUAUGCCAUCUUUGGAAUUCCGCUCUUUGGUUUCUUAUUGGCUGGAAUUGGAGACCAACUUGGAACCAUCUUUGGGAAGAGCAUUGCAAGAGUGGAGAAGGUCUUUCGAAAAAAGCAAGUGAGCCAGACCAAGAUCCGGGUCAUCUCCACCAUCCUGUUCAUCUUGGCCGGCUGCAUUGUAUUUGUGACGAUCCCUGCUGUCAUUUUCAAAUAUAUCGAGGGAUGGACCGCCUUGGAGUCCAUUUACUUUGUCGUGGUCACCCUCACCACGGUGGGCUUUGGUGAUUUUGUGGCAGGGGGAAAUGCUGGCAUCAAUUACCGGGAGUGGUACAAGCCCCUGGUGUGGUUUUGGAUCCUGGUUGGCCUUGCCUACUUUGCAGCUGUCCUCAGUAUGAUCGGAGAUUGGCUACGGGUUCUAUCCAAAAAGACAAAAGAAGAGGUUGGUGAAAUCAAGGCCCACGCGGCCGAGUGGAAGGCCAACGUGACGGCCGAGUUCCGGGAGACGCGGCGGCGGCUCAGCGUGGAGAUCCACGACAAGCUGCAGCGGGCAGCCACCAUCCGCAGCAUGGAGCGCCGGCGCCUGGGCCUGGACCAGAGGGCCCACUCGCUGGACAUGCUGUCCCCGGAGAAGCGCUCCGUCUUCGCCGCCCUGGACACGGGCCGCUUCAAGGCCUCGUCCCAGGAGAGCAUCAACAACCGGCCCAACAACCUGCGUCUCAAGGGCUCCGAGCAGCUGAACAAACAUGGGCAGGGAGCCUCUGAGGACAACAUCAUCAACAAGUUCGGAUCCACCUCCAGGCUCACCAAGAGGAAAAACAAGGACCUCAAAAAGACCUUGCCCGAGGACGUUCACAAAAUCUACAAGACCUUCCGGAAUUACUCCCUGGACGAAGAGAAGAAGGAGGAGGAGACGGAGAAGAUGUGCAACUCGGACCACUCCAGCACGGCCAUGCUGACGGAGUGCAUCCAGCAGCAGGCGGGCGUGGAGAACGGAAUGGUCCCCACGGACACCAAAGACAGGGAACUCGAGAACAACGCAUUACUUGAAGACAGAAACUAAAUGCUGAGGACCUUGGACUUGACCAAGCGUUGUGGGUUUUUUUGUUUUUGUUUUUGUUUUAUAUUCACCCUGAGACACGUGCCUUAAAACAGACUUCUCGGUAGUCCGAAAUUACAUAGCAUUGAAGAAUAGAUUUCACUGUGCCAUAAAUGACGGAGAAAGAUCGCUCUGCCAAAAGGAAUCAAAGAACACAGGACCCCACUUCCGUCAGGGGCCGCAGGACACGCCGGGAGUGUUUGCACACGCAGGAGGUCGUGGCCACGGAAGUUAAGGGCGGGUAUGGGACGGUGCUGUGCUCCCCUGAGCGGCGCCGCCCGGACCUGGCGUGGAGAAAGGGCAGCUAUUCCUCAGACCAGCCUUCUGAAAGGAACACGUGUGGCUUUUACACGGAGCCUUGUUUCCUGAACCUACCGUUAGAGAUAUGCACACACAGAGCAGGGGACCAAAUGGGGGCUGAACUAGUACCUGUCAUGAGGGUUCGAGGUGACAUUGUGGCAUGUUGCUCUGAGCUUGAGUUUUGAUACACAGCCUCCAGCGCACAGCUAGUCUUUCCGAGCUCCAAGUGAAUGUCCGUGGGACCCGGGAGCAUGUGGAAUUUGUGAGAAAUAGAUCAGAGCACACGUAUUAAAUGGUGCAAUUGCUUUCCUCAUUACAAAAGAAAAAAAAAAUCACAAAUGCAUCACACUGUGGAUACCACCUUAACCAAGGACAGAAGCCUAUUGAAUUUUGUCUCUCGACGAAUGAAGAAUGAACUUGCAAGCUUUGGCGAAAACUCAACCUCAUUCGCUGCAUGGUUAAUGGGCAAAAAUCAUGCAUUCUCCUCAGUGGGUGCAAUGGUGAAAAUAAACUGGUUUUGAAAUGUCCAUUUCACUUUUCUAGUGGAACUUUGGUUGUAACUUGUUUUGAUAAGAGGGGGGGAAAAAAAAACCAAAACAAUUGCCUUGCAUGAUGCCAGUGGCUUGCUGUUCUGUCUAGCUGAUCCUAAAUUUUUAUAAAAAUAGACAUCCUGCAUGUCUGAGACAUACCAAGGAGGACCACGGCAUCAUUCCAUCUCAGGGCUUUUUGUCCCUUUGGGUGUCUUAAGGUAGACAUAGUGACGAGGUCCAAUCUUGCUAUCUCCAAACAAAAGAAAGAAUCCCCCAACCAACUCUUGUACAAGAAAAUUGAAUUGUUUUAAUUGCUUGCAGCUUAAGUGCCAUUAAUGCCAUUUAAAAACUAAUGCUUAAAAGAAGUAUUUACAACAUUCCACCUUUAUGUUUGGGUGUUCCUUAUUUUGAAGGCAUCACUUCUUUUCCUUACUUGUUUCUUUGUCUCGCACCUGCUGUUCACGAAAGUUGGAACACCAGGGUGAUUAAUGGUUUCAAUGCAAACAAUAGCCACGCGAUUGUUCCGUGAGGUUACAAUGGCCCUGGGAAGGAGAGUGGGGGAGGGGCCAGUCAUAGGUUUUGAAAAAAUUUUAAAUGGAUUUUUUGAAAUCAGAAAGGGCAAAUUGUGCUAGGCCUCAGCAUCCUGUGUGUGCCUCAGCCCCUCGUGUAACUGGGCUGACCAUGGGUGGUUCAGACUUCGCUGUUUGGCCCAUGUUCUUAAAAAUUUGGGCCUGGCAACCCCCAGAAAGUUGCUGGUGAUGGGCUCCCCAAUCUCAGCGCCAUCUCUUGGGGAGUUCACAUGACUAACACAUGGAGGGGAUUGAUCAAAAGACCACAGGAUUAGUGGAGACUUCUGACUUCUGGGGAAAAUGAUACCCACCACAUCCUUGACCACUGGUACCAGGGCAGACCUCUUCCCGCCCACUUCCCAAAAUUGCACAGCUCUCCCUCACCUGGAGCACAUGUAGCCCCGCCGGCCCCUCCCCCAACUUCUAGGCUCUAGUUAAAAGUUCUGGCAUUGCUUUUGGGAAGGAGCCAAAUAAGAAUCAGCUUUCACGAGGCCCUUCCUGUCCAAGGUAGACUUGGGUUAAUGCCUCCACCGGGCUGAAGCUGUGGCUUACUGGUGACAUCCUGUGUCCACAUGUUAAUAGACACGGAAACAACCUUUGCGCAGGUGUGGGCACUGGCUCUCACUGUGAGAGCCCUUCCAGCCUGACAAAAUGUGUUUUUUGAUUGGUAGAUCUCUUGGGAUGUUCUCUAUUUCUCUGAUAAGUUAAAAGCUUCCUAAUUAAACUAUCCAUCCAUCUCA